AUGGGCAACAGGAGCAUUGUGUCGAGCUUGUUCAACAUUGCCUGCAGAAUAAACAACCUUCCUCUUGAUCACACCCAUCAACUGACACAGUCUGUGCAGUACUCUCUGAAGUGCCCCUGUUCCGGGAGGCCGACUGGAAGACCAAAAAGGAGAGGGAGACAUGAGAAAAAACUGAAGAAACUGUGCCGGACAAAGACCCUGCUGUUCUCCCUGGCUCAGUGCUACCAGUAUCUGAACUCACAUGCAUGA